AAUUUGUACCACAGACCUUAUCAAAGGGCUUUGCAAAACUUCCAUUUUGGCAAUUAUGAGUAUUAGUUGAGCUUAACCUCUUGAGUAAUGGGGUGGGAAGUGAGAAAAUUGUCAUUUCAUUUUACUCGGCUGUCAAGGAAGGUGGACCUUUGGAGGAGCCAGACAGUGGUCGAGAGUAAAAGGAACUCUGAGCAGCAAAGGCUUGGAGGGAAUUUGAGGGGAACUUCUUUUUGGGGCUAGUAUAUCUGCUUUCUCUGAGAGCAUGGCAGCUGUGAGAACUGAAAACUGGUUCUGCUUUGGAUCUUUAGGCUCCAACCCCAGCCUCCAUUUAGCCAUGUACAACUAGGAAGCCAGCCUUUUGAAAAAUUACUUUCAUCGUUAAUUCUUAUUGAGGAAUUUGUAAGAGGCCAGAGGACAAACUCCUUGUUAGGAAAACAAGUGACACAUAUUUGGGUGAUUGUGCCCUUUAAGUCAUAACCCUAACCCAUUUUCACAGAAAUAGGGUCUGUGUUUCUUAAGGAGACACUUUUACGUAGAUUAUAAAACACAGGGUCAGAGAAAUGUUUUAGGAGAUGCAGAGUGUCCAUCUAGGUAAAUACAGCUGUCAGCGCAACCAGUAUUUUUAAAUAAGGCAAUCUUUCUCAGGAAAGGUGAAGGGAUAAGUAGUUUCUUCACUAGUAAAUGGAGACCAUAGCUGCUUUUCUCUGAAAUGUGGCAAUGGAGCGAAAAUCUUUUACUAUAUUCUGGCAUUUACGGAAACUUACACUUUAUUUUACUUUUUCCCUUUUUGGAGGGGAUAAGAGAGAACACCUUCCCCUUUGUGCCAUGUGUCUCAAUUGAUUUUUAAUCAUAUCCAGAAAACUGAAGAAACUGGAAGAGAACCGAAGGAGCAAGUGACCAUUUGAAGAUUUGUCCCCAGGGUUAUACCUGCUGCUCUGAAGAAAUGGAGGAGAAGUACAGCCUGCAAAGUAAAGAUGAUUUCAAAAGUGUGGUCAACGAACAGUGCAAUAAUUUGCAAGACAUCUUUGAUUCCCGCUACAAGAAGUUUGAUGAAUUCUUCAAAGAACUACUUGAAAAUGCAGAGAAAUCCCUGAAUGACAUGUUUGUGAAGACAUAUGGCCGCUUAUACAUGCAAAAUUCCGAGCUAUUUAAAGAUCUCUUUGAAGAGUUGAAGCGCUACUAUGCGGUGGGGAAUGUGAACCUGGAAGAAAUGCUAAAUGACUUCUGGGCUCAUCUUCUGGAGCGGAUGUUCCGCCUGGUGAACUCCCAGUACCAGUUCACAGAUGAGUAUCUGGAAUGUGUGAGCAAGCACACAGAGCAACUGAAGCCCUUUGGAGACGUACCGCGGAAACUGAAGCUGCAGGUUACCCGUGCAUUUGUAGCAGCCCGUACUUUUGCUCAAGGCUUAGCGGCUGCAAGAGAUGUAGUGAGCAAAGUCUCUGUGGUAAACCCCACAGCGGAAUGUACCCAUGCCCUGCUGAAAAUGAUCUACUGCUCCCACUGCCGGGGGCUGGUGACUGUGAAGCCAUGUUACAACUACUGCUCGAACAUCAUGAGAGGCUGUUUGGCCAACCAAGGGGAUCUCGAUCUUGAGUGGAACAACUUCAUAGAUGCCAUGCUGUUGGUGGCGGAGAGGCUAGAGGGUCCUUUCAACAUUGAAUCGGUCAUGGAUCCCAUCGAUGUGAAGAUUUCUGAUGCGAUCAUGAACAUGCAGGAAAAUAGCGUGCAGGUAUCUCAGAAGGUUUUCCAGGGGUGUGGAGCCCCUAAUCCCCUCCCAGCAGGCCGGAUUUCCCGGUCCAUCUCGGAGACUGCCUUCAGUGCUCGCUUCCGACCAUAUCACCCUGAGGAACGCCCGACCACCGCGGCUGGCACGAGUUUGGACAGACUGGUUACUGAUGUCAAGGAGAAACUGAAACAGGCCAAGAAGUUCUGGUCCUCUCUUCCGAGCAAUGUUUGCAAUGAUGAGAGGAUGGCUGCGGGCAACGGCAAUGAGGAUGACUGCUGGAAUGGAAACGGCAAAAGCAGGUACCUGUUUGCAGUCACAGGCAAUGGAUUAGCCAACCAGGGUAAUAACCCGGAGGUCCAGGUGGAUACCAGCAAACCGGACGUGCUGAUCCUUCGUCAGAUCAUGGCUCUUCGAGUUAUGACCAAUAAAAUGAAAAAUGCUUACAAUGGCAAUGAUGUGGACUUCAUUGACCUCAGUGAUGAAAACAGUGGAGAAGGAAGUGGAAGUGGAUGUGAGGAUCAGCGGUGCCCGUCGGAAGCUGAGUACAAUGGAACCAACCACUCUGGCAAUGAGAAAAAAGCAGCCGACAGCGCUGGUGCCCGCCUGGAGGCACAGCCCUACCUCCUCCCUGUCCUCUGCAUCUUGUUCCUGGUCAUGCAGAGAGAGUGGAGAUAAUUCUCAACGUUGGAAGCAGAGCAUUCAUCGUCAAAGAGUGGAAAGGCACCGGCUAUCACUUUUAUACCAUCCUAGUGACUUUUGCUUUUUAAAUGAAUGGAAAGUGUUGUACAGUUUUUACUAUGUGGCCACUGGUUUAAAAAAAAAAUGCUGACUUUGUUUUUUCUUUCAGUUCUGGGCAAGGACAAGGGACUUGUACAUGAAGUUGGUCCCUGCUCCCCCAGACUCAUGUUAAACGUGGCUAACAGUGUAGGUACAGAAUUGUAGUUAGUUGUGUAUUUGUGAUUUUAUCACUCUACUGUUUGUUUGUUGUUGGGUUUUUUUUGUUUUGUUUGUGGGUUCCCCCCCCCCCAUUAUGGGCUCACCUUGUUUCUUACAAGAAAACCAGGGUCCUUUCGUGGCAUGUAACAUUUACGUAUUUCUGAAAUAUUAAAUAGCUGUACAGAAGCAGGUUUUAUUUAUCAUGUUAUCGUAUUAAAAGAAAAAAGCCCAACAAGCAGUCAAAUUUCCAUUUAUCCCUGUUAUUUUAGUUGCCUUAUCUGGAGAAAAGUGGGGGUGGUUUUGUUUUUUUAUUAUAAUUAUUAAGUUAGGACAGAAUGUGAAGGCACAAGUGGCUUCUGAACCACUUGCCAGAUUGGAUUCAAGCAUUAAUACAAGAAGGUUAUGCUUCAUUUAUAGCUGGUUAUCAGAAGAGACUGCAGACUGCUCGUUUAGUUGGGUUGAAUUACAUAAGCUAAAAUCACACAUAGGUCUGUAUCUUGAACCUGCUUAUACUGAAAGUGUGUAGCCCAUUCAGGAAGAUUCUGGAUACAUUUUCCCUCAGAAGAUCUAAGGCAUUUAGGAAGGCCCAGGUAUUUACAUAUUCACACUUAGUUUGGGGGUGUUUUUCUUCUUCUUUUUUUAAACCAGGCAAGUUAGCAAGCCACUGUGUGCUGGUGUUCAUGUCCACACUGACCCUCUUUGCAUUGGUAUCCCAAUAGCAUAAGUGACCAACAAUCUCAUUUGGUCCCCUUUAUUACUGUGGUCCACAUUUCAAACCCAGCCAUGUACAGGCUGGAGCUGUCUGGGGGCUAGCCAGAAUUAGGGUACAGCCUGGGCUUAGGAAAUUGCUAUCAAACUCAUGAGUGAAGUUUUUGUCUGUGCAUCUGUGUUUGCAUUUGUUUUUGGAUCCCAGUUGUUGUUGUUUUUAAGAGAUUCUGAAGUGUCUUAGUUGAGUCUUUGCGUUGCCCCACCCCCUCUGAUCAGAAAGGCAAAGGGCUUAUAGUGGUUUGCAGCUGUGCUACCCUGUCGGCCAAGGAGCCCACGUGGGAGAGAACUGGGUGUCCAGAUUUUUGCACAUGUUGUUGUUGUUGUUUUUUCAGGGGGAGGGGCGGGAUGGGGAUAGGUAGAGCCAAGAAGACUACAUCUUAGCGGUGACCCCUAAUUAGCCACUUGGGUGAACUGGCAAAAGCCGUAUCUGUUGUCCCAGGGCAAAGACUAACAACUGCCUUGGCCCCUUAGGAAGCUUUCUUUGCAUCCUUACCAAAUGACAGCUCAUAAAACUAUGAGAAUGUAACGAAUCACAUUAAAAGGUGUUACCAAAAGUCCUCAGACUAAUUCCUGUAAGUCUCUUCCUGCUUUUAGACAGCCAUUAUGUUCCCAACCAAUUCUAUAGAAGCCAAAACCCACAAAGAGGUUGUUUUUGUUAUUGUUGAAGCUUCAGUUGUAAGAGUAAUCCUCUAUUUUUAUAUUGAAACAUAAUUACUUGAUAGCUCAGGGUCUACGUUUCGUUCAACUUUUUACACCGAAUUCUGCAGAAUGGUCAAAAUGGAAUAUUGGGGGCAGUUGUAAACAGAGGCUUAAUUUUAUUGGAAGUAGCCAGUUAUUUAUUAAGGCAUGAUGUUAAUAAAAUAGGCAUAUUCUGGCUGGUGUGUAUGAGUGGUCUUUUUUUUUUUUUUAAACAAAUCACAGAAAACAUAAAAUUGCAAAGGCACUCCGUUUAUUAUAUAUGAGGAAAAAUGGAUUGUAAAUAGCUAAGCUGCCUUGUGAGACCUUGGAAAUGUGCUGAUGUUUAGUAACUACCUCAGUUGUGAGGAAUUUCCUUUUUAGCUUAGACUGCGAUUACUUUUACGUGGUAGAAAUGAAUCUGGUCUCCAAAAUGUGGCUCUAAGAGUCCAUAGACCUUGUUAGAUUGUUUUUAAUUUAAAACCUUGAACUCUGCCCAGCUGUUUUCUUUCAGUCAAGUUCUCUAAACCAAUAACAUUUUCCGAAUUAAAUAUUCUUGAAGGUUCUUCUGGACUCUUACCGAUUUGUUUUCUUUCUUUGCAUUUUUUCUUGUUACCCUUUUAUUAUUUAAAUUGUCUCCUUCUUUUGAACUUGAACUAUGAAAUAAACAAAUCAGAUUUUUCCA